CUCUGCUUCGCGCCGCGUCUGAAGGUCUGCCCGACGCCGAACAGUGGCGUCUCCAUCUAGCUGCCAACCCCCUCAAGCUUUCUUCUCCUCCACCACCACCACCUUCUCUCCCUCCCUUCCCCUCCUCCCUCUCCUUUCCGCCUUUCCUCUCCACCCCCGCCACCAAUCUCCUCCUCUUUUUCUCACUACAAGCGGUUGCCGAUGCUGAAGCCGAGCGUCACUUCGGCUCCCACAGCAGACAUGGCGACAUUGACAGUGGUCCAGCCGCUCACUCUGGACAGAGAUGUUGCGAGAGCAAUUGAACUACUGGAGAAACUACAGGAAUCUGGAGAAGUACCAGUGCACAAGUUACAAUCCCUCAAAAAAGUGCUGCAGAGUGAGUUUUGUACUGCUAUUCGAGAGGUGUAUCAAUACAUGCAUGAAACAAUAACUGUUAAUGGCUGUCCUGAAUUCCGUGCCAGGGCCACAGCAAAGGCAACAGUUGCAGCUUUUGCAGCCAGCGAAGGCCACUCUCACCCUCGGGUCGUUGAACUGCCAAAGACUGAUGAAGGCCUUGGUUUUAAUGUGAUGGGAGGAAAGGAGCAAAAUUCCCCCAUUUAUAUCUCUCGGAUCAUUCCUGGAGGGGUGGCGGAAAGACAUGGAGGCCUCAAAAGAGGAGACCAGCUACUCUCAGUAAAUGGAGUGAGUGUGGAAGGAGAACACCAUGAGAAGGCUGUGGAACUACUCAAGGCUGCUAAGGACAGCGUCAAGCUGGUGGUCCGAUACACUCCAAAAGUCCUGGAAGAAAUGGAGGCUCGUUUUGAAAAGCUACGGACAGCCCGGCGUCGGCAGCAGCAGCAGUUGUUAAUUCAGCAACAACAGCAACAACAGCAACAAACACAACAAAAUCAUAUGUCAUAGAUCCUUGAGGGAAAGCUACUUGAUCAAACAUCUGAUAGUCACAAAUUCAAACCCGUGCUUCAGAAUCCCAGCACAAAGUAAAAGGAAAAAACAGCACCUUUAAUUAUACCUGUCAAGAACUGUGAACACGUGAUGUAUAAAAUCUUUACCAAGGCAACUCGACACCUGUGUUCUCUGGGCUUCAACCCCUGUUGUUCAUGUGCUCUUUACACACACAGGCCUUCCACUCAGUGCACUGGGAAUUCUUAGUGUGUAAAGGGAGAGGUUUUCCAGUCUGCAGGCUGAAACAGUAUAAAAAAAAUAAAGUCCAUGACUUUUGAA